GUUGGAUAAACACGUCUACACGGAUCCGGCCGGCCCGGUUCUAUGAGUUUGGCGAAAUAAGCGCAAGCGAUCAAAAGUUGUGAUAAGAAGAAGCACUCGUAGCCGCGACGUGAGGGAUGGUAGAUAGCAUUCAUCGACCCCCGUCGAUUUGUAGAGUCUGUAAUACUGUGUGUGUGUUGACCGCCAAAUCAUGCCUGACGACGGAUACAUCCCUCACGCUCGGUUCGUCUCGCCGAAUGAGAUCAGACGGGACUUUUGUGCCGCUCUGUCGAGCAUGUACCGGCUGGAGGUGCCACUCUAUGGCGAGUUGAUCGACUUGGUAAAUGAUGUCAAUGAGCGUGUGAAGGAGCGUGGUGGAUCCUGGGAGACUUCAGCUCGACUCGGCGUGGAGCGUCACGGAGCCAUUCGAUUAGGCAGACCCUCGGAAUUGGCAUUUAUCGCCCGAUUCUUCGCAACGCUUGGGAUGUACCCCGUGGGUUACUAUGACCUAUCGACAUCUGGUGUUCCUGUCCAUGCCACUGCUUUCCGCCCAAUCUCCUCUUCAGCUCUAGAAGCCAAUCCGUUCCGAGUGUUCACGUCUCUCUUAAGACCCGAAUUGAUAUCCGAUCCUAUGCUACGGCAGCAAGCUCUAGACAUUCUUGCCAAGCGGGAAAUCUUUCAUCCUCGGGUAAGGGAGCUCGUGACUAUGGCCGAAAGGCAAGGUGGACUUGGCGAGGACGAAGCCAAGGAUCUGGUUCAGUUCGGCCUGGAGACAUUCAGAUGGCACGAAACUGCCUUUGUGGAUCAAGCGACUUAUCGAAAAUUGGACCAGGCACACCCUCUCGUCGCCGAUAUCGUCGGGUUCAGAGGACCGCAUAUCAAUCACUUGACGCCGAGAGUCUUGGACAUAGACACAGCGCAGCGGGAUAUGAUUCGGAGAGAGAUCCCCGCGAAACAGAUCAUUGAGGGGCCUCCAGCUCGACAAUGUCCAAUUCUUCUCAGACAAACAUCAUUCCAAGCCCUUACGGAGGCCAUCAGGUUUCCCGGUGGAGAGGGUCUAGGCGCUCACCGAGCCAGGUUUGGAGAGAUUGAAUCGAGGGGUGUGGCUCUGACUCCAAAGGGACAUGACUUGUACAUGAAACUCAUGGACGAGCUGAAGCGCGUCGAAGCUCACAUCGAAAACAACGAUGAGCACCAAGCCAAUUUACAAAAAGUCUUUGCUCGAUUUCCAGAUUCCUGGAAAUCACUCCGGAAGGAUCGAUUAGCCUAUUUCACCUACUCUCUUGCAUUCACUUCCAUUGGUCCAGGUACACCUAGGUCUUUGGAAGACCUCAUCGACGAUGGAAUCGUGACCGUCACCCCGAUAGUCUACGAAGAUUUCUUGCCGGCUUCAGCGGCCGGUAUCUUCCAGAGUAACCUGGGAUCGUCGUCGGGUAGUCGCAGUCCCACACCGGAGGAAAGCUCGAGCUCGACAGAGUCCAGCAAGGUGGUCUUUGAAGAGGCUCUCGGACAAACCACUAUAGACUAUUUCGAGCUGUAUGAGCAGAUACAGCAAAAGAGCUUAGACACGGUUAGAAGGCUCACGGGAGGUGUCGUUCCAUAAGUAGUCCUGGGUUCAAGGCACAGAAAGGACAAUUUUUGCAUUGCAUAUCCGAGCAA